CUGUGUGAUGGGCUUUACCCGAAAUAAACCAGAUCGGGUGCCAACCCAACCCAAAAAUAUGGUCCGAAACCAGAAUAUGCAGGCCCAGUUGUCUUAAAAGUCCGUUUAGGGAAUACAACUAGGGUUUUCUUUAUACUCGUCUCUUUUGCUUCUUCUCUCUCAUCGUCAGUUUCGGCUCGAAACCCAGAGGAAUCGCUGAGCAGUGCUCGAGGAGAGAGAAGGGAGGAAGAAAAUGGUGGACAAGACGAAAGGAAGGAAGGAAGAGGUGGUGACUAGGGAGUACACCAUCAAUCUCCACAAGCGCUUGCACGGAUGCACAUUCAAGAAGAAGGCUCCUAAAGCCAUCAAGGAGAUAAGGAAAUUUGCACAAACAGCUAUGGGGACCAAGGAUGUGAGAGUGGAUGUCAAGCUAAACAAGUAUGUCUGGAGCAGGGGGAUCCGAAGUGUCCCAAGGCGGGUGAGAGUUCGCAUUGCUCGCAAGAGAAACGACGAUGAAGACGCCAAGGAAGAGCUCUACUCUCUCGUUACCGUUGCUGAAAUCCCAGCAGAAGGGUUGAAGGGACUGGGAACCAAGGUCAUUGAGGAAGAUGAUUGAGUUCCCAAUAUCUUCCUGUCAUAUGCUGUCUGAACAAUACAUGAGAGUUUUGGGUAGUUUUUAUUGUUACCAGACUGAUUCAGUUUUCCAUUAUUGCCUCGAGCAUAGACUUUCCUAUCUUUAUUUUGGUUGUGGUAAUUCAAUUGUGCUUCUCUUCUUCCCA